AUGGUCAAGGUCGAGGACAAGGCACCGGUCGGGGGUGGAGGUCGAGGUGGAGGUCAAGGUGGUCACGGUGUAGUUCCACCAGGUCCCGAUCCACAUCCCCCUGGUCAUCCUCUCAAUCCCGGACUCGAAAAUGUUUUGGGCCGACCCGAACAUAAUUUCCGCUCGGAGACUCCCAUGUUUACUCCCGCUGGAGGUUGGCGCGGUGGGAGACCUCCAUGGGAACAAGAUAAUUUAGCUGCAUGGAGAACGGGACGGGAUCCCUUGACUGGUGGUUCGAGUAAUCAAUUCCAACAUAUGGAAGGGGAAUAUCGAUCUCCAUGGCUUAAUGUGCCGGAUCAGGAUCAGCUUGUGGAAGCAACUAUUGAUCCAUGGGAUCUUAUUGGGGGAAUGGAUGCGAUGGCACCCGUGGUACAACAACCAGUUAUUCCGCAGAGGGAAACACAUUGGCAAGGACCUCAACCAACGUCUGUUCCAUUGAGUCAAGUUUUUGAGAGUGAAGCAAGAGAUUGGAGGAGUGGAAAUCCACCGACGAUGCAAGAGCAAAGAGGACUUCAGAGGAUCAUGCCGCAGAAUCCAAGCUAUGGAGGUCAGAUGGGAGCUUUCAUGGCUUCUGGGCCGUAUUUUCCCCAGGCAGGAUAUCAACAAUUCCAUCAACCACAACAGCAGUACCCUCAAAACGAUAUACAGAAUGCAACUUAUGGACAAGGUAUACAUGCCCCAAGAAUCCCAAAAGGUCCCACAUAUCAACAACUGUAUCUUCCAUUACCACCGGGAGGCACGGUAUGGGAACAGCAAGGACUCAAACGACCACCUGGCCCACUAACCUGGAAAGAUACACGAGCCUAUUCCCCCGGACCAGAUGGGGAUUUUGAUCCCUUCAUCGUCGAACAACUCGAAACCGGUACUUAUUCCCCCUGGUUAACUGAAAUCGCCGCCAAUAUCGAAGCGAUAGAUGAACGACCCAAACAACCCUGGGAAUCCAUGACUGCAUGGCGAGCUCGAGUUUUAACGUCUCGAAAAGCAAUUGGGGUCGAAUCUUCAGAAUUAAGGAGACGUCCAUAUUCAUUUCCUACGACGGCGAAACUAGCGGGUGAUACUCCUGCACAGCUUAAAGCUCGAACGGCUGCUCGUCGAAAAGUUAAAAUACAAUGGGAAAAAGAUAAGGAGAUUCAUAAGAAUAAAAUGGAUCAUACACAUAAAAAUUUCGAUCCAGAAUAUGCGACGCAAUAUCGAGCUGAAAAGGCAUGUCGACAAUUGGAAAACGCUAAGAGCAGAAAGACGGCUUUAUUAAUUGCCAGACGCAUUGCCGAGAGAGAUCAUCAACCAAGACCUGUAACACCGGAAUUACCAGAGGAUAGUAGUGAUGAGGAUCUUCCAGCUAUGCCUCCUAGAGAUAGAACUGGUGCGCUUGCAGCUCCUGAUCCUAAACCCAAACGCUCUCGACCUUGUGAUCGCUGUAGAAGUAGUGGAGAAGAAUGUAAAUUACCUCGGGCUAGUCCUACUGGCAAACCUGCAAGUGGAACUACUGGUGGAACUGCAGGUGGAGCUCCAGGAGAAUAUACAGCUCAACGAUCAGGACUCGCACGAACAGCCAAACGUUGUCUAUAUUGUACACACAUGAGAAAACCAUGUACAUUAGUAGCAGGAUCACCUCGACCUUGUGAUCGCUGUAAGCAACGCGGGAUAGUGUGCGAGAUAACUCGGGAUUUGGAAGAUCCCAAUGCGCCCAAACCGGCAUGGAAAUUGAAACCACAGAAACCCGGUCCCAAAAAAGUGAGUGAUCCGGAUGAAUUUUCGGAUUCAGCGAUGGAUCUAGAUGAAGAUGAAGAUGAAGAUGAUGGAGAACCAAUUACGGCUCAACAGAAAGCUAGUCUUUCCCGAAAGAAAAGAGCUGCAUUUAAUCAAAGAUCAAGAAGACGUUCCUUUUCCAGCCGUCGACGUCGAAGUGCCAGUCCCGAAGUGGGAAAUGCUCCUAGUAUUCAAUGUGCGCCUUGUAAAGAUCAAUCUCGUCCUUGUGAUGGAGAACGUCCUUGUGGAACGUGUAAACUUAAUGGGACAGUAGAUAUGUGUAAUCCGGUCUCUUACUUUUCGAAAUACAGAGAACGGGAUUAUCAAGGAGCAAGAGGUACUUUACAACGUGCUGAUGAUGAGGAGGAGGAUUUAGAUCUUUCGGUACCGGAAAGAGGAUAUAAUGAUGUUAACACUGAAUGGGAUAAACUAGCUUCGAAUUUCGAAGAAGCAGAUCAAGCAAUUAAAGAUAUGGAUUUGGGACCUAUGAUGAAUUACAGUUCACAAGUCAUCAUGGAUUCAUUCGAAGCUGGACAUCAAAAUAGUUUUUUCUCACAAAAUGCAGAAAAUGAGAUUCCUCCUAUGGAACCAUAUAAACCCGAUCCAGAUGGUCCAUCAUAUAAUCGUGUCGCUACAGUCACGGAACCAGAUGCAUCAUAUAAUAGUCUUGCGCCAGGAGGACCAGAAUUUUUAUCCGAACCAUUUGGGGAUGUGGCACAUUAUGCUGCUAUGACAUUUGAUGGAGAAGGAAUCGAUUUCAGUACACCUAGGAUUUCACCUCAAUAUAGUGUUGAAAGUCCUGAUGUAGAAAUGCUUGAUUUAGAUGAUGUUCUCAAUUCAGUCGAAGAACAUCGAUCUGGAUUCGAAGUGGUUGUUCAAGAAAAACCAGAUCCCGAUCCAAGACUUCAAAUUCGUCCUCUAUCCGAUUAUCGACAAGAAUGGAAACAAGAUUUGAAAGGAAUUCUUAAAAAUAAACAUUGUGAUGAACUUAUCGGAGUCGAUAUUUGUUUCAAAUCUCCAGCAAAACAUUGCGAUUAUCUUCAACAUGGUAUUGAAGGAGGUGAUUGGCAUACUUGUGUAUCUUGUCACAAAGAUCAAAAUGUUCGAGUGUCAGAUUCCCAAUCGACACUUAUUGAAUACACCAAAUUGUACUAUUGUGACGUGUGUGCGGCUGAACAAAGACCACGAACAAGAGGGGUGAAAAUGGGUGCAGCUUUCAAGAAAGAAUACUGUACAUGUACAUCUCAGAUGAGAAAAUCUUGGUUAUGCAAUACUCAUCGGGAUGAAGCUAUUAGGGAUGUGACGGAAAGGGCUCUAGCUGUGAAGAAUUGGUUGUCUAGAAAAGGUUUGUUGAAAUGUAACGGGUGUGAUAUGAGACAUCUUGGUUAUAGGUCGGGUAUGUGGGCUUGUGCUUCUUGUAAAGAUGUUGUAUAUGCUUAA